CUCUCUGUGUCUCCUUGUAGGUGAUGGGCUUGCUCAACCCGAGUGGAGUGCCGCAUCAGUCCCAGAGUGACUUUGCCCUCUCCCCUCUCACAGGAGGCCUCGAGCCUAACGGGGCCAUGGCUGCUAGCUGUCACGGCUCUCAGCGCUUGGAGGCCCUUCCAAGCCUGAGCAGCAUGCCCACCCUGCCAAGUACCCAGUCUUACUGCCCACCUUCUUAUACCUCCCCAGCCUACGCCGUCGACCACCACCCCAGCUACCAGUACGGACAGUACGGACAGAGCAAGGUGCCUUUCAUUAUAUGAAGCCCCGACACGGCCUAUGCAGGAAGCUCACAUGGAUACGCUGGCAUUCCUACCCGGAGAGAGCCGCCACCCACUGCCUUUGCCAACUUCWCCAGCCCUAKGGACAGCAAGACCAGCAGCGUGGGAGGUGAAAGGGUUUAUUUGGUUUGACUUCAGAAAGAAGCAGAGACACUUUGGAUGGUUGUGUAGCAGCGAUGGAAACAAARAAGUUUCACUGUAAUGAUUAAAGACUGUAGGCAACCUCUCGCCCACCAUGCCAAGCUGAAAGGACCAAGAACAGUUUUUUUUUUUCUAUUUUUUUUCUGAAAAAAAAUAGGGAGUGGGGCUUUGUGUAUGAACUGAAUUUGUAUUUGGAUCCUACGGUAAGGCGAAGAUGUAAAGUGGACUUUUCCAGCCCCAGGUGCCUCUGUGGUCUUUUGUGGUUGAAGGUUAGACAGGUUGGUGAUAGUGUGCUCAGCUGUAAUACUUCUCUCAGAAUGUCUUCAUGACAAAGUCUUACUGUAUAUUGACGAGACUCAUGCAUGUGUAGUUCGACAUAAACACGCGGCUGCGUUUGGAAAUCCACCAAAAACGCACAAACUGAAGCUGAGUGGUGUUGGUGCAACCCAAAGAAAGUGCAAUACAUUCAUACCUCAUGUGCUGUAAAUGAACACAGACCGAGGAUCUCCAGUUAUAUCCUCGAUUAGCUAUCUCUUUUGUUUGGUUGUAUACAAUUUUGGGUGAGUGCAUUUAUCAGUCAGGGGAGCUUAUCAAGCAAUGGAUAGAAGUCACUGUAGUCAUACAGUCUUUUGCCAAAAAGUACAUUAAAAGACUCUACCAGUGAGUACAAUAUUCAUCUUGACUGUUGAUUUUUGUUGUCGCUUUGCAUGUUUUAGUUGUUUUCAGGAUCUUGUCAAUUUGUAGGUGCCCUUCUUAUUUAUUAAAUGUUGCUCAAUUGUUUUUUUGUUUUGUUUUUACAGUAAUUCUUCUACAAUGGCUCCACUGUGCUUAAGUCUUACUUACAGUUCAUUAUUCCCUUUCUUUUGUAUGAUUUUUUUUUUAUUUACAAUUGUGUGAUUUUUGUUUUGUUGUUGUUGUAAGAUG